AUCAAACUUACACCUGAUUUAUUUUUUCCUUGUCUUAUCAAUCAAUAUUUGCUCAAUACUUCCUGUUUGACUGUGAUGGAUCGCCUAAUAAUUAUGAAUUCUCUGACCGAUGAGAGGCGGAAUGACCGAGAAAGAUUUCAUUCAAAACCACCCCGCCCUGAUCCCCCGAGAGAAGCCGUCGGAGCUUGUCAAGUCGGACAAAAAUCAAGUCAAGUCCCCGAAGAAAAAAUCAGGCAAAACUGAUCGGAGAGAAAAGCAGACACUAAGUCGUUUAGGCCAAUCUCUGCAUGAUCAAACUGUACUAGCAAAUAACGAUUCGGCGUCACGAAAGUUUAGAUUUAUAAACAGAGCUAGACGAACACUUCCGAAUAUCUUCAGAAAGCAAAAUUCGAAGCCUGAUUACUCCAGCAAAUCUGUCGGAAAAUUGCGUGCUAAAAAUAAUGCACACGCAAAAGUGAAAGAAAGUAAAAGUUCAAAUGCGCUUGAGUUUGUUCAGAUUAGGUCACAAAAAAUUCUAGAGAGUGAAAAAAUGGCCGAUUACAUAACAGUUAAGACAACUCCCGCCAGCCAAGAAAGUUCCGACGGGGCUCGGAGACAAGACGACAUGGUUCCGAUGGCGUCUUCGAUGCGGAAAACGAGACUGGAUUUAAACCCGACAGGUGUCUCGUCCACAAGAUCCAGUCCAGUUCGCAACUCCAAUCGGAAGACGAGUUUCCAACUGAUGCUUCCGAGAGCAAAUGACUCGCCCAUCAAACACGAGGAUCUCCUUGACGACGGAGGGGUCAAGUCCCGACGAGCUACUUCGUUCAGCUGUGCGGAAAACAGUGAUAUACUUGAAAUUGUAGUGCAAAAGAAGCGAAGGAACUUCCUGCACCGAAUCUUCUCCGAUAAAACCAAGGUUAAAAGGUCUGCCUCAACCAAAUCUAAAAGCAGUGAUACGAAUAAACCAGGAUCAUCAAACUAUCCUUCAGAAAUACCGUCUCCCUUCAAAUCCAACUCAAUUUCGGCAAAGCGAACUAACUCUCCUACGGAAUUCGCAGUUAUUUCUGCUACGAGCACGCUUUUCAACAUCUCAAAGUUCUCGUCUAACGACGAAAUAUCACCCUCUUCUGCCACUUUAAACUCAUCCAACCGAAGUUCAAUUAGACGAAAUUUCCGAUGCGAAAAAGAGUUUUCGAACACGUACCCUACUCGUGAAAUACCCGAGAGCUCACGUGAACGAACUCUCUGGUCGGCAGCGGAAGACGCCGAGACAUCAAGCUGUGCCGAGGAAAGCAUGCAUACGUUGCCCCCAAUCGCAGUUUUGGACACGGAUGAUACGAAUGAAGCUUCAAGCGAGGCGAAGUCGUCUUCGGAGCCUUCGGACACGCAACUGGGCAAUGAUGCGACUCAUACUGCGACACAUAAGCCCCAGUUUUCGAGGACGGGGAGCGAUUCGAAGAAGAUGUCGAUUGCGGCCAAGAUCAAACGCGGUUCUUUCAGAAUGAGUAAACGUCUUCACCAACAACGAACUCCCUCGGACCUGACUGCAGAGUACGUAGCUGCUACGGCCUCCGGUGCCACAGCCUCCUCAUCCUCCUCCUCCCCCUCCUCCCAGCAGCAGCAGCAGCAGCAGCAGCAGCCUCAUCAGACUAAACUGCCCCCUCCCCCCGUGCAAGGGGUAGUGAAUAUCAGACAGGACACUGUCGUGGUGUCUGGGGGGACAACAUCAAACGGAGCCAUCCCGACCUCAUCUCCAACCACCCCCACUGUACAGGUUCCAGCUGAAGAUUCGCCUACUGAGCAGAGGGAGAGGGAGAGGGGGGCUUCCUGUUCGCCCAGAAGUCACUUGGGGGGCUCAUCCAGUGGCAGCAGAGUGGCUUUGCUAGACAGGGCCAACUCGUCCACAGACUGCAAGUCACCCCCCACUGCACUCAAAGACUCCCUAUUGCCCCCUGAGCAGUACUUCACCAUGCCAAAAUCCAGAGUAAGCCAGAAGGCGAACUCCUGCAGUACCUUCCCGGCCGAGUCCUUCACAGUGAAUGACGACGGCAACAUCUUUUUCCACAGACCCAGCUCGGCCAUGGGAAAGAGACCCUCGGACAGCAUCGUGGUCCCCCCUCACUUCCCUCAAGAAACGAAAGAAAAAAGUGCGUUUGAAAAACUAACAGACGAUCUCAAAAGAUCUUUCGGGGGAAAACGAACCAAGUCGCUCCUCAACUCGGUCGAUUCCAGUUCGUGUAGUAUGUACAGUCCACCUAUGAUGGACAAAAGCGCCGGCGGGCAAUUGAGCCCCAGAAUCGGAACACGAGAGAACUCGAUUAGCAAAGACAACAGCUCUGUGGAUGUGAAUGGCCGAACUAAUCCUUCGUCAAAACACGACUCGACAUGGGCGCUGACUGCCACGACUAGUAUCCGAAGAAAGAGUUUUACGAAGCCGACUUACAUGGAAAAGACGACUAGGCAGAAGCGACUUGCAAGUUCGUUUCGGGACUGCAGAUCGAACAGUUUCCGGAAAAUGGACGAGGGCGAGAAGCAGUCGUCGUCGGCUAAGUUGACUGGGGAAGUGGUGAUCGAUGAACCGAGUGAGACGAGGAUGAUUCGGGGGGCUUGCGAGGACGCCGCAAAGACAUACACUUCUCAAGAGAAGAUUCGAUUCAUAGUCUCCACUCUCCUGGACACAGAGAGGUCUUACGUAUCAUCACUACACUACCUCGUUUGGCUUUGCCUGAAGCCUCUUCAAAACAGAACCGAAAUAUGCGAAGAGCACCUAUUACACUACAUGCUGUUCAAGUUCCCCCAGAUACUGCAGCUGCACCGACAACUCCUCGAACGCCUCGAGGCCAUGACUUCAUCAUCUUACACUUCCUCCUCGUCGACACUUGAAUACAAUAACAACAACAACACCUGUUCGACUUCGUCUAUCGCAGGAGGGACCACGGCAGCUGCGGGUGACGGGGGGAACUGUUUGAGGGAGCCGUUUGCCAUUGGGAAACUACUUCUGGACAUUUUCUCGAAGUGUGAGAUGCGGCAGGCGUACUCGGAGUUUAUCUGCAAGUUCAGUCGGACUAUGGAGGCCAAGAACAUCUGCAUGGCAAAGACACAGUUCCACAAGUACAUCGAGGUGUGCCAGCGACAACAUCAGGUCAAACUGACGCUGGAUGAUCUGAUGAUUAAGCCGGUGCAGCGCAUUCCCAGAUACCUCCUUUUAAUCAAGGAUCUUUUGAGUGAGAUGAGGAGCGACUGUCCAGACAGACAGAAUCUUCUAGAAGCACAAGAGGUCAUCAGGAGUCUAGCCAGUCUCAUGAACGAACAGGACUCGUCUUGUCUGAAGGACAUGCCCACAAAUGAGUCACUGCUGCAGGAGUUGGAACACGUGGUGGAUGGACUGAACUCGUUCCUGAAGUCACACGACAGACGACUCAUCCGACACGACUUCGUCACCGAAAUGAAGAAUAUGUUGGUGAAGAAAAAUCGGAUCCUGCUGCUGUUCAACGAUGCAGUCAUGUGUCUGGCAUCCAAGACCAAGAGGUCACUCUCCAAAAGAGGAUCCAGUUUUGCAUCAGUGUCUGGGAUAGACCCGUUCAUGCGGUACAGAGUGUGUUGGAAGUGUCUGAUCAGAGACUGCGAGAUAGCGGAGAGUGAUAGCCAGCAGGUGAGGCAGGACAAGAGCUCUAUCCAGAGACUGGAACAGGACCUCGGCCGACUCAACGAGAUCAUGACCAUCGCCGACUCCCUCUACAUGCCACAGGAGGGCCUGGUGGCGCAGGUGAGAAAGACACAGAGUGAAAUCAGCAGACAGCUUCAGGAGCUGAAGAGCUUCUACUCUCUGGACGCCACCAGCGCCAGGAUCCAGAUCCUCAUCGACACUCCAGCUGGAAUGGAGACUGUGAUCGUGGUGUUCCAGAACUCCUUGGUUCGGAGCCAGUGGGAGAGUGUGUUUGCAGAACUGAGUAACAAAGUCGGACCCUCCUCUCACCUAGUCGUUCCCGAAUUUGUCAAGUCUAUUCCCCUGGCGCUGGAUGCGGAGAUUGACGAUUUGAGAGACAAGUUCAAAGUUCUCACUGCCAACGACGGCCAACUCGUCUUCAUCAUCGCCUCCUAUGACACUUACAGCAUCAUUGUACAGCUUCAAAAUAUCCACCAGAACAAUCCGAUGCUGAACAGAGUCUAUUACACAGACGGAAUCAUCAAUGACGCCAUAGUGAUCCAGCACUGCUCUGUCUCAUCCUCCGAGCCAGCCAUGCCCCCACCCCUUCCCACUGCACCCUCCAACAGCAGCAGAGAUCACAGACCCCACCACCAUCAUCAUCAUCACAGGGGAGUCAGCGGCACACAACAGAACAACACAAGGUCCGAUAUGACACUGUCCUGUGGGGGAGGAGGAGGAGGAGGAGGGAUGACGUCACAGCUCCCCCAGCAGCAGCUGACAGCCAAUGGGGACAGACUGGAGAGUGGGGGUGGGGGUGGGGGCACUAGGGGACUGGCAGAGUCUCAGAGCUGGUGUGGAAGCACUAACAAAAUCAGCAGCCACAAUCCGAAUACACUGCAACUGCCGCCUCAGCUAAACCCACGCAUAUCAGUCAUGUCAUUCGACUCAGAUUCGAGUGAGGGCGAAGACUUCAUCACUUACGAACACUACUCGCCACGACACAGACGACUAGCCCGCGAGAGCCACUCGGUCGGCGCCAGCUACGUUCGCCCAAACACCCCGACCCGAGUGGGAGCCACCCGAAACAACUCCUCCGGCGCUUUCUUCCCCGACAACUUCCCGCUGAAUUCGGCCACGACUACAGGCAUGAUUAAUCAGCAGAGUAGUAACGACAGCAGUUGUGCCCCGACUGCCUAUGGCUCUUCGAUGCCGAGAAGAAGGGCACAACAUAUGAACUACUCGCGACAUAAUCAGCAGUCAUCCAGCUUCUACAGCACAGAAGAGAGCACCGAUGUGCCGGAUGGAUCGUUUGACGAGGGGGGUAGUACUAGUUUCAACCAGGGCAGCUUCUCAGCCGGCAGCAGCAUCGAGGAGGAGACCCCCUCAGCUGUCAACUUCUUCCUCUGCAUAUGCACUGCAGACGCAAAAGUGCGUACUCUUGGUGCCCUGGACGACGGCGAGUACUUCAAUCUAGAAGAAGUGUUCACUUAUCAACUGAACGAGGCCUGCAACGACUUCGUCGAGUGCCACCGCCAUGACAGGAGCCACUCUUCGGACGGGGGGAGGGGACAGCAAGUGGAGAUCACGUGUCUAUGCUCAGGUGCUAACAAAGUGUUCUGCGGGAGGUCAGACGGCGUCAUCACGAGUUUCGACAAAGCCUCCGGGAUGCGUUUGAGUGUGUCGGACAGUUGUCGGGUGUCCAACUCGGCCAUCAAGAGUGUCUUAGUGGCCGCAGGGGACAAACUAAUCGUCGCCUCAGGAGAUCACAUAAUCAUAGUCAAUGUACAAACACUCACUGAACUGCGUCGCAUCCAAGUGGUGGACAAGAACAUGCCUUCUAACUUGACAUGUGUUCGGAGCAUGAUCAGACGCAACAAUCUCCUCAUAGUCGUGUGUGAAUUCAACCCCACUGUGCACUUCUACAACCUCACUCACUUCACACCCACCGGAAGUCUCAACCUCACCACUGUCCAAUUGGACGACGGAUCUUUCAGCCUAGAAGAAGACGAGAACAUCUGUGUGACUCAUUGUGCCACUUACGGAGACCAACUGAUGGUGGGGACAAGUGGGGGGCUCAUUUUCCAACUCAGUCUCCCCGACACCACUCAUGGGGGAGGCACUCACAAUAGACAACAACAACAACAGCAGCAGCAACAACAACAACAGCAAUACACUAGCCACGCGCCUGCCAGUUCUACUAACUCAAACUCUGGUGGUGCGGGCACUGUGGGGAACCCCCCGGGAUGUCCAAGUGGGAGUGGUGGUGCUGGGGGGACGGCUGGACUGAGAAGAAACUCCGUCAACAUCGCCAUACUGCCUAUCAGACAUAUUGGACCGGUGAAGUUCAUACACCCUUUCACGUAUCAAUCCCAAGUGAAGAGAAAAAGUGACUUUGACUUCGGAUUUCCCCGACGACCUCUGCGAAAUUCGGGAAACAAUGGCGCCGCUGUCGGAAGCAACUCGGCUACGCCUCUAGGCCGAGGUCUAGCGAACAGUUCCUCAUUACGUAACAAAAACCGAAUGCAGAGUGUGGCAAGAACUUUUACUUCUACAAUGACGUUGAAUAAGUCGUACUUGCUUCUGAUUGGUCGAGGCAUAGACGACACGAUGCAGUCUUCGUCAUCCAAUAGUGCUUACAAUGCUUCAUCUGAGAGUGGUUCUGACACAAUAUAUAAUGUACUUCUAUUCCAGUGAAAACGAAUCCCAAGAAAACUGAAUCCUUAAAAUCUACUCAAACAAUAUUUGUAACAUUCGUCUACUGCAGUCACACAUGAGGCUUAAGAAAAAUAGGCCCUAUAACCACUGGCUCAAGGGUCAGGGACACCAUCUCUUGUGUUUUUCUACCUCAAGAACGGUCGGAGCCAGUUCGGUUCGUUUGUGACAUGAGACUACGACCCGUUACAGCUUAAAGGCUACUACUAAAA